GAAAGGCGGCGCCGGUUCAGCGUGAUCUCCACGAGUUUACGAUAGUCCCUACGUGAGCUCAAAGAUCCAAUCAUACAACUGUUGAUCUGGUUUGUUAUUUUCUUAUUUUAUUGUUUUCUAAUUUUUGUUGUUCAUUGUUCAUCUUUUUAUUAUUCUAUAGUGCUUUCCUUCAUUGUUCAUUUUCCUGGGUAUUUUCAAGUCCGAGUUGCGGUGCUGUUGACGAUAAAAAGAAGUAGAUACCGUGGACACACCGUUACGCACACGACUCGACCCAGUCGUGAUUGCUUGUCGCAAAGCACCUCAGCGAGUGCUAUAAUUUCGCUGCUUCAUUGUUUCUUUUUAACUGCCUUUUCUUAUUUUUCCCCCAAACUGCAGGUUUCUGGUCGUGCUACGUGCUCCUUUGCGCCAACCUCACGCAUACAGUCGGUGCAGGCUUUUGUUACACACCGUCUCCUCUCUUUGGUGCGCAGGCGUACGCACCGCCUUCUCCUUUCCGAAAGCUAGACGGACUUCCAGCGGUUCUUUUUCAUUUAGUGCAUGUUGAAGCAUUCCUCUCGUAGUUUCUUUUUUUUUCUGCUUGCAGAAUCGUUUCCGUAAACGCCAUGGGAAAGGGUAGCAGUGGGCCUCCGGGUGUCAGCGGUGACGAGGCGGUGGUGGUGCCGCCGUCAUCACAAUCUGGUCCAUGUCAGCGUCUCCGUCGUGGCCCUGCAGCGCCGGUGACGCCGCCCUCGGCCAAGCGCAAGUCCGCUGCCCACAACAGGAUUUCUGCAAGAGGACGCAUUUACUACGCGAAGCUGGUCACAACCGCAACUACUAUUAUAAUUAUGAUGUGCAUCCUUUAUAACUCGAUUGGAAGCAUCAUCACAGUCCCAAACGUAAAGAUCGUACCGGUGCAGCCCGUGCAGGUGGAGUCAGGGAAGGCCAACCCCAUUGCGCUCAUUAUGCCGCUCGUCGGCUACCCGCUGAGCAACAGCACAGGAGUGGAGUUACUGCGUGAGCUGCUGCAGCCGCUGCUGCUGUCGGAGGCGGCACUGUGCUACCGCGCGGCCGACGGAGCGGCGGUACCGGUGGCGGCGCACGCAGUCGUCGUGAGUCGCGUGUCGGCCACUGCGGUGCGGAGUGCGGUGCGUGGCGUGUUGGCGAAGGGCUCGACGACGGCGGGGUCGGCGGUGGCGGCGGCCGAGGCGGGCGGGUCGCUGACGUCCGGUGCGCGGUGGCGGACGUGGGAAGUGAGUGCUGCGUCGGUGCGCUCGGCCCUGCGACUGGCGAACGCGAGCGACGGCAGAGGUGCGCGGUGCCUGGCGGAGGCGGUGACGGUGGUGGCGCGUGCGGUGGAAGACGGCGACUCGCUUUACGACAAGGAGCCGGCGGAGAUGCUGGAGGUGCUGGUGGACGCGGGUCUGCGGACGCGCGGCGGGGGUGCGGGGACGCACUUUGUGGUGCUGCCGUCCUUCUUGAGCGCGUCGAGGAUGGCGUACACGGAGCCGGACGAUGCGUCGGAGGCGCGGCGCGCGGGGACGGGGCUGUUGGAUGCGCUGCUGCGGACGGCGACGACGCGCAACGGCGGUCGUGUGGCGGCGGCGCAGUGCACCAUCCUGGCAACGGCGGAGCAGCCCGGCUCGCCUUCCCUCUUUCCGCCCGGUCUGGUACGAGCGGAGCUGUCGCCGCACGACCUGCAACGCCUGCAGGUGCUGGAGAAGGCAGCCAUUGUGGGCAGCACCUACGACGCGGCGAUGCUGGUGCCUUUUCUGGCGCGGCGGUUCAGUGGGUACCUCGCCACGGAUCAACGCGCCUCGUGGGAGGAGGUGGUGGACGCGGUGUCGCUGAACUGCGGUAUCUUCAGCCGCAGCCUCUACAACGCCGUCGGCGGCCUCGCAGGCGCCCUCUCCGUAAGCGGCGCGCAGCACCCCUCGAGUACGCUUCCCGAUCACGUGCUGGCGCGCCGGACCGCGGGGGGUGGGCGCUGUCGCUGCGGAUGCAGGAGGUGUACCCGGACUGGCAGGUGUGGAGCAGCCGCGGCGUGGCGGUGCUGCGGGACGACCUUACGGCGGGGCGCAGCAGCCCGAUAG